CCGGCCGCGCGGGUGCCACCCGUGGAGUCGUUAGGCGGCGGGAGCUCGGCGCGGCGCGGGGCGGGCCGCGGGGCCGGGCCAUGCCGAGGAAGAAGCCCUUCAGCAUAAAGCAGAAGAAGAAACAGCUGCAGGACAAGCGGGAACGGAAGCGGGGGCUGCAAGAUGGGCUGCGCUCCAGUUCCAACAGCCGCAGCGGGAGCCGGGAGCGGCGUGAGGAGCAGACUGACACCUCGGACGGGGAGUCCGUGACCCAGCACAUCCGUAGGCUCAACCACCAGCCCUCGCAGGGGCCAGGGCCCCGAGGCUACGACCAGAAUCGGUACCGGCUGCACUUUGAGAGGGACAGUCGUGAGGAGGUCGAGCGGAGGAGGAAGGUGGCCCGGGAGCAAGUGCUGCAGCCCGUCAGCGCAGAGGUGCUGGAGCUGGACAUCCGGGAGGUCUACCAGCCUGGCUCAGUCCUGGACUUUCCCCGACGUCCACCUUGGCACUAUGGAAUGUCCAAGGAGCAGCUGAUAAGCCAGGAGGAGCGGAGCUUCCAGGAGUAUCUGGGGAAGAUCCACGGGGCGUACACUUCUGAGAAACUGAGCCACUUCGAGCACAACCUGGAGACGUGGAGGCAGCUGUGGCGCGUGCUCGAGAUGUCUGACAUCGUCCUGCUGGUCACUGACAUCCGACAUCCAGUCGUGAACUUCCCUCCAGCACUGUACGAGUUCGUGACUGGGGAGCUGGGGCUGGCCCUGGUGCUGAUCCUCAACAAGGUGGACCUGGCCCCGCCGGCGCUUGUGGUCGCCUGGAAGCACUAUUUCCACCAGCAUUUCCCCCAGUUGCACGUCGUCCUGUUCACCUCUUUUCCUAGGGACUCCUGUGCCUCACAGGAUCCUGGAAGUGUGUUAAAGAGGAGUCGCCGGCGGGGCAGAGGGUGGACUCGGGCUCUGGGGCCGGAGCAGCUGCUGCGAGCCUGUGAAGCCAUCACUGCCGGGAGAGUGGACCUAAGCAGCUGGCGAGAGAAGAUUGCCAGGGACAUGGCCGGGGCCACUUGGGGCAGCGGCUCUGGGGAGGAGGAGGAGGAGGAGGACGGGCCUGCCGUCCUGGUGGAGCAGCAGACAGAUUCAGCCAUGGAGCCGACCGGCCCAACCCGGGAGCGCUACAAGGACGGGGUGGUGACCAUUGGCUGCGUAGGUUUCCCCAACGUGGGCAAGUCCUCACUCAUCAACGGACUGGUGGGCCGGAAGGUGGUGAGCGUGUCCAGGACGCCGGGCCACACCCGCUACUUUCAGACCUACUUCCUCACCCCAACUGUGAAGCUGUGUGACUGUCCUGGCCUCACCUUCCCCUCCCUGCUGCCCAGGCAGCUGCAGGUCCUGGCGGGGAUCUACCCCAUCUCGCAGGUGCAGGAGCCCUACACCUCCGUGGGCUACCUGGCUUCCCGAGUCCCCGUGCAGACCCUGCUGCACCUGCGCCACCCGGAGGCUGAAGACCCAUCCUCCGAGCACCCCUGGUGUGCCUGGGACAUCUGUGAAGCCUGGGCCGAGAAGCGCGGCUACAAGACGGCCAGGACGGCCCGCAAUGAUGUGUACCGAGCGGCCAACAGCCUGCUGUGGCUGGCGGUGGACGGCCGCCUCACCCUGUGUUUCCACCCCCCGGGCUACAGCCAGCAAAGAGGCAUGUGGGAGUCGCACCCAGACACUGCGGAGCUGGUGCUGCUGCAAGGCAGGGUGGGACCAGCAGGCGACGAGGAAGAGGAGGAGGAGGAGGAAGAGCUGAGCAGCUCCUGCGAGGAGGAGGGCGAGGAGGACCGGGAUGCGGACGAGGAGGGGGAAGGGGACGAGGACACCCCAACCUCGGCGCCUGGGCGCGGCCUGGCCGCCCACAAUCCGUAUGCCCUGCUGGGCGAGGAUGAGUGCUGAGCGCAGCCUGGCCGCCCGCUGUGAAUAAAGGUGGUCUGUGCUGCCUGGCCUAGGCCUGAGGGGCACUUCAGGCGCGGCACAGCUUCUCGCCCCUGUUGCUGUCCCCGCUCUCAAAGGGACGUUCUCUCCGGGUCAGUGGGCACUUAGUCCUCUGCCUGCUCACCUGCCCUGCUCCAUAGGACCCCAGGCUGGCCAGUGUGGCGGUGCCUGGCGCCAGGCAGGAGCGGGUCCCCGAGUGUGCGUGUUGAGGUCAGCUGUCCCGAAGGGCUGCAGGGGCCGGCGGCAUCCAGGCUGCCGUGUGUGUGCGUGGAAGGGUGUGGCUGGGCCUGUUCAGGAUGCUGUUGGGCACCCAGGGUUUGGAUCCAGAAAGCCCCGUAACGCUCUGCACGUCCUAGGAGCUCCUGAAACGUGGUUCUAGGAGUUCUGUUGAUAUAAACUUUUAGCGGCAGACAGUGCUGGUCAUGGUGUUGAUUAAACAUCAGUGAGUGGGGACUUUGUGACCGGCGGGCGGCACACAUGUGGGUGAUGGCAGAGCCAGGUGUGUGCAGUCCAGAUAGGCUGGGCUGCUGUGGUCAGGGGGUCUGGGCAGGUGCUGACCAGAGCUCCGGGGGGUUUGCUUUGCCCCAGGAGUGGUCUCGAGAGUCGGGGCUCAGGGCUGCUUCACUCAGGCGGAUCCUGGUGGGAGAGGCCCGGCUCCGCUUGCCCUCAUGCUCGCUGCAGUGGGUUGCUUGUGAGACUGUUGCACUGGGCUCUGUCCUGCUAGUGCGAAGUUCAGGGGUGUCUGGAGAGUUCAGCCAGGAGGUGAGAUUGGGGUUGAGGGCUGCAGACCUUGGGGGGUCCCUGGCUUCCUGUGUGUGACUCCAUAGGAAAGUGGCCCAGGGAAGACCUGUGUCAGGCAGGGCGUUCCGAGGUGGCCAGCCUGGCCCCUGCCUGGCCGCUCUGCUGAGGCCCUGGAGGCCGCCAUGCUGAGUGGGACUCAACUCAGACAUCAGCUUCCACCCAGCUGCACCUCUGGUUGACUUAGUCUGGGUCCUGGACAGGUGCCCGUGUUGUGUAGCACAGCUCUGUUACCAGGGGUGGUUGUUUCCUUCCUUUCUUCCCUGGCACUGGGGAUUAAAUGUGGCCUUUGCACUCAGCACAUCUCCAGGGCCCCCUCCCUGUUUGUUUUGAGACAUGGUCAAAAGACAUAGGCUUAAACUUGGUGACCCUCCUGCCUCAGCCUCCCUGAGCACCGGGUGACAGGAGUUUGCCACCGUGCCGGCCCUUUCCUGCAAUCUUUGAUGCAGUCAACAGCAGUUGAUGGGAACAGUACACGCUAGAGAUCCUGAGUGAAAAAUCAAGCUUAGACCCUACACUUUGAGCUCAGCAGCCAGGUGCCUAGGGUGCUUGAGCAGUGAUCAGUUGUGCACCCCGGCGUGUGGGGGGUAGGACCCUCGAGCACCCAUAUGGCCUCGGUGGCCCCAGGCCAUAGCACAUCUGUAAGCUUGCAAUUCAUGAGAAAAUUAAAAAAACACUCUGAGCUGGGGGAGCUGGGCCUGGGGUUGGUGUCCCCGGUGGGAGGCCAGGGCUGCCCUGGAGUCUGUACCCAUCUGCAUCUGCAGGAAGGAGCCUCAGGCAGGCCCUAAGGCAAGGCCCUGGAGUGGUGGCGAGGGUAGACUUGGCUUUGUUGGGCCAUUGAUCCCAGGUUGGAAAGGAGGAUGCUGGGCCCCUGUGGGUGUGGGGUGGAAGCCCCAGUGGAGGGGGAGAGAAGGGCCACUGGGAUUGAGGGUAGGUGGGGGAAGGCAGCUGUGUUUUGUUUCUUGGUUGUUCUAGGUUUUUUUUGGUCUGUUUUUUCUUUUUUAUCGGUACCAGGGAUCGAACUCACAACUGCCUGCUUGCAAGGCAGGUGCUUAUGCCACUGAGCUAAAUCCCCAGCCCCUGUGUUUUGUUUCUUGUGCUGGCACUGAAGCCAGGACUUGCAUGCUGGGCUACAAUCCUCUGCCAUAUCCCCCCUCUUUUUCUUUUGUACUUUUAAUUUUCUGAGGGGUUUUGCUUAAGUUGCCAGGUUGCUCAGGUGGGGCUAGAACUUGGGAUCCUUCUGCCUCAGCCUCCCACAGCAUCAAGUUUAGGGGUGAGCGAGGCCAAGCCCGGCAGAGGCAGUUUUUCCGUGGCCUCUUAAGGUGGCAGUAUGAGGAAGGGGGGACACAGUGAGUGGACUCAGCCCCGUGUCACGUGGACCUGUUUCCCCCCUGAGCAGGGCGUGGGUGCACGUGGCCAGCGGUCUCUGCGCCCCCUGCCGCUGGGACGCGGUGCUGCCGGCUGCCUGUGCUAUUCCGUGUUUGGUGUUGGUAGCUUUCCAGAAAGCAUCAGGGUGGAGUUGAGGAGAGCCGCAGCUCGGGCAAGUUCCUUCGUGCACCCGUGGGGACGACAGCCGUGAAAACUGACAGGAAACACCCAAUGUGGAGUAAACAGCCCUGACGUUUCGCAGUGUUUGCCUUAUUAAUCUCUUCCUGUCUUACACAACCAUUUAUGUUUUUUGUGUACUGAAUUAUUAAGUUUUUUAUUUUUGAGACAGGGCUGCCAUAAUGCAGUCCAUGCUGGCCUUGAACUCACUGUGUAGCCCAUGCUGGCCUCGAACUCCCACUGCUCCUCCUGCGUCAGCCUCGCUCUAGUGCUGGCAUUAUAGGCAUCUUUUUUUUCAGGGCUGCGCCACACCCCCUGCCCUGUCUGACACUUUUUGUUUUCUGAACCUUUGGAGAGCAAGUUCCAGACAUUGUAAUCGUGCCUCCCUACACAGUUCAUGAGACCUCCUCCAUCACCACAGUCAGCCCACCUGAGUCCCUGAAAUGUUCCCAACUUCACUGCCGUUUAUAGCAUUAUUAUUUAUUUUCUCCAGUUUUAUUAAAUUUUUAACUUCUUGUAUUUACUGAUAUACUCGGCAAAUUACAUAUUUACAAUGCACAAUGUGUUUUCGGAUAUAAAUAACACUUAAAAGCCGGUUCCAGUAAAAUGUUGCACGCUGCACUUAAAACAAACGUCCCCUCCUGUUUUCCUUUCCCCCCGCUUUUUUUCCCUUCCCUUCCCGUCCUUCCCUCCUUCUCCUUUUCUCCUUCUUUCAGGCCAGGGUUUGAGUCUGGUACCUGGGCCUGGGCUAUACCCUUAGCACUUUUGAGAGGAUCUGACUAGACUGCCCAGGUGGCCAAGAACUCAUAUCCUCCUGCCUCAGCCUCCCAGGUAGCUGGGAUUACAGGUGUGCCCAUGGCUGUCGGUUCUGCAUCUCUUCAGUCUGGAGCAAGCCAGUCUUCGCCCUGGGAGCUGACUUCGGAGAGGUGAGGCAAGCUGUUAGAGGGUGCUGUAAUGUUCCAACAUCAAAUACAUUUUUAUCUUGUUUCUCUGA